AUGGCCGAAUCAACUUCUCUAAAGACUGAGCGAGGUGGCUCUUCACGCAACGAUGGACGAGGGACUGACUCUCGCGAGACGACUCGAGAUGAGUCCACUGGUGCUGGAGAGACGGGCAUCACCAAUGGCAAUGGAGCAGCAACUAAACCCAAUCCCAAAGACCCGACCAGACCGAGAAGAAAGAAGGCGAGACGAGCGUGCUUUGCUUGUCAACGGGCUCAUUUGACUUGUGGUGACGAACGACCUUGUCAGCGCUGCGUCAAGCGCGGUAUUGCCGACCAAUGCCAUGAUGGUGUCCGUAAGAAAGCCAAGUAUCUCCAUGACGCACCCCCGGAAGCCCUUUUACCGGGCGUGGGAGGAAACUACCAUCACCAUCUUCGCAACGGCUCCCAGUCGGCACCCAAUGCCCCGCAGAGCAGCUUGCCAAUGUCGCAAACUCCACUGGCUCAGUCGGCCCCCUUCUUCUCGCCCACGCAAACCUCUGGUUUCGACAUGUACCAACAAACAAGCUCCCAGAGUCAAAUGCAGCCUCCUAUGCAGAGCACCCCCGGAGGCAGCACGUUCAGUAACCAACAGACUCCAAUAUCUCCUCCCUUCCAAUUAGGGGGACACCAGCAAACGCCCCCUCUCCAAAACAUGGCUACCUCCAUGCCCCAAAGUGGCCAGUCAUCCGUUAAUCCGCUCAAUCAGUUUGGUGGCCCGCUCUUCGACCCGAGUGAUCCGGCCAUCUACAACUUCGAUGUGUCAAGCUUCAACUUCAGCAGUAACUACGGUGCGAUGGAGUUCGGCAUGCUUGGCCAGAUCGCGACCGGUGCUGGCGACAGUGAUAACGACAGCUCUCUGAACCCUCCCUUCCCCGGAGCCACGUACGGACAACAGCAACCGCAAGCAUUAAACUCCGGUAGCUUCUCCGACGCAUCGGGGCAGCAUUACCUGUUUGGUCAGGAUGCCCUUAUGCAGGCCGAUUGGCAAAGCUCCCAUCCACGACCUUCCAGCGUCAGCGGUCUGCUGAGCACUCCGCAUAAUACUCCCACUGUCGGACCAGUCGAUCUAGGCGGAGUGGCUACUGGUGGGAUGCCGAAUGCAUACGCAAUCGGUGCCGGACCAGGCAGUCUAUCAUCAGCAAGCCCUGGUUCAACGGCACAGGAGAUGGGUGGGUUUGAUAAUCAGCCCAUCUCCCCAAGCCUGUUCAGUACGCAGCCUCCGGGAGCGCAGCAGCAACACCAGAACCCUCAAACAUCGCAACAGCCCGUGCAACAGCUCCCUCCUCCACCUCCUCGGGUCACCAAACGACAGCGUGACGCCUCGGUCUGCUACAGCGUGAAAGAACCGUACGGAUAUACCGCCUCGUUUCACGCCCUAGUCUCGACCCUUCGUUCCCGGCUCGGCCAUGGCAAUCUGGUUCGUGUCGCACGCUCCCUUUCUGCGGUUCGUCCGUCGUUCAUCUCCUGCCAAGAGCAUCAAUCGCGGGAGGAUCUCGUCCACGCGGAGAAAAGCUUCCAGCGCUGGCUGUGGGAAUAUGAAGGCUACUUGAAUGCUCACGGGACGCCGACGAUCAUCCUGAGACGGACGGGAGAAGUUGCCGCGUGUAGCAAAGAGUUCUGUAUCUUAACCGGGUGGAACAGAGAGGUGUUGCUCGGCAGGGAGAAGAAUCACAACAGCAACCGGUGGGAGGUGAAGGAUAGCCGGGUCGGCACUGGGAAAGCCGGGCUAAAUACACCGCGAAUCCCGACCCAGGAACAAGAGCGGGAGCGAAACAUGAGAAAUGGCACCCGGAGCCCCGAGCUCCAAAAGCCAGUCCCGAUCUCGAUCGCCGAGCUGCUGGAUGACGAUUCCGUGGUCCAGUUCUUCGACGACUUCUCGCGCCUUGCUUUCUCAGCAUCGAACGACUGGGUGAUGCGACGGGGACGGAUCUUAAAGUACCGCGAGCACCCCCCCGAUAGAGCGGCGGCGGAGACGGGUCCCAUGCAGGAUGUAGACGGGAGGACCGGAGGGAUGGAGGGGGAGGCGGGGAUGAAUCGGUUAGGUGAGAAGGAAGGGAGCGUGGAUACCAUGUUCUGCUGGCAUGUGAAAAGUGAUUUGUUCGGGAUGCCCGCCUUGUUGGUUAUGAACGUGAGUCUUGCCCCCGUCCCCACCUUCGUUUACACUCUUGCUAACGACUUUCAGUUCCUCCCUGUUCUCUCGCAGUAG